AUGGCGCGCAAUCGCUGGAAGCCUGGCACGAUGGACGAACGUCCAUUCGUUCACGAGAUGAAGACGACAGCGAACGCAAAGGAGCUUGUUUCCGCUGUGGGGUGGCCCCCGAGGACCAUGGGCCCGAACUUUGCAUAUGCAUGA